AUGAACCAUAACAUGACUACUGACGGUCAUAGCAUGGCCAUCGACGGUCACAACAUGGCCACUGAAGAUCCAAACAUGACCAUUCAAGAUCAGAGCCUCAACAUGCCCAUUCAAGGUCAACACAUGCCCAUUCAAGGCCAGAGCCUCAACAUGCCCUUUCAAGGUCCCAAUGUGGCCAUCCAAGGUCAAAACACGGCCACUGGAGGUCAGAGCCGGGGCAUGUUCAGCCAAGCUCCCGUCGAAUGGGGAGACGAAGGACAAGUAGACUUCACCAAGCCUAUCGAAGACCAGUGGGUCAGUGCUCUCGACAUCCUGAGCAUACGCGCUGAAAAAGCCGGCAUCACUCCUAAACAGGCUGUCGUCAAGCUCAUACUUGAACUGGAUAUAAAGCACGACAGGCUCAUGGACCUUGCCGAGGAGGAUGCAAUUUCCGCCUUGCGCGGCGAGCCUGAUACUGAGGAUCGAAAGAUUAGACGCGAUUACAUCAAAUAUGCACUGGAUGCGGUUGAGGAAUCCCGAGAAAAGGCCUUCGACCUUCUCCGCCGAAUGAGACCUAGAAACACUCCCCGCUGGAUGUUCUUCAGUGACUGGUUCAUACCUUGUUGGGAAGAAUUCGAAGAUUAG